UUCAUUUUAGUGUCAUAAAAAAAAUAGUUAGUGGUUCGAUCAACGUUAAGAACUGCACAUGAGAUGUAGCUCAACAGAAGGCACAAGAUCCUUGUAAAGUGGAUCAUGUUCUCUUUAACUGAUAGCAUGCCAGCUCCAGCCAUGAGACUUGAGCUUGCAAUUGAUAAUUGUUCAGAAGUCUGAUGGAAUAACACGUAGGACACCUAGAAUAAGCUGCCAUGCUGAUUCUUGCUGCCAAUACAUACAGCAUGGCAAUGUGAUUCAGUUAAGACCUAACGCAUUAUAAAUUGGACGGCACAUGAGUCUUCUUGAGAUUGCAAAACUCAGAUUCUAAAUGUCGAAAGCACAGCAGGCAGGAGGAACAUGACAGUGAUGCGAAGGAGCUUUGGAGCCUGCAGUGAAGGUUCACUGAUUUUGCAAACUUUUUUUUUAUUUUCGAGAGAAAUGUACAAAAAUUAGUCAAGCGAGAAACAAAAACAAAAGUUUUUGUUACAUUUCCUCUUGUACACAUCACUUCUUGUGCAUGCAAUUAUGUGAGUAAGAUAGAGAACACAUUUAUGUUUGCAAUAAAGUUCCAAAUUCCAAUCCAUAUUAUUACAAAAAAAGUUGUAUCUGUUGCAGGGCAACAAUAAGUAUAAUAGUAUCUGGCUUCUCUAUUUGCAAUCCGGAACUAAGACGGUCAUGGUAGUCACACGAGAUGUGUCUGCUGAACAAGCAGCAAAGAUGCUUGCAGAGUGGAUCUUGCUCUCCAAAGCUACUAGCAUGCCAGCUACAGCCAAUUGCAACACAUCACUGACACUAUGGGAGUGCCAGACCAUGGCAAGGUUCGGUACUAGAGUAAGCUGCCUUGCUGAUUCCUCCUACCAACAUGAGACAACACGCAAUGCCACAGCUUGCCAUGGUCACCGAUCUCAUGAUCUAGAUCUCAAUAUAAAGAACGCACUCGUGCAGACGAGUUGCUGCUGAUAACUGGGACAUGGAACUAUGACAGCUUCAUCAGAUCAUCUUCAGAGAUUCCUCUUGCUCAGGGUAAACACACAGAAAGCAUCAACCUCUCGUGGACAUCUGUGGCUAUGUUGCAAAAGCACAGCGCUUCAUCAGUGGCAAUAUUCUUCUUGUCGGCAGGGUUGCAAUGCCACAUCUUCAGCUUCCUUGGUUAUAUAUGCCGGAAAACCAUAGCCUGGUCGACACCAUUGCAGCUCAGCUUCUCUCCAUUCUCUCUUCACCACCAUUUCCAAAGAACACAAGAAAAGCACUGCAGCUCUAGUUGCAGCCAUGGCUUCCAUUCUCAGAUCUGUAAGUUUGCCUUCCAGCCUUCGCUCUGAAGAAAUCAACAUCGAAGAACAGCUGCAGAGCCUCAAGGCAACCAUUUCUUCUUCCACUACCCCUGAGAAAGUGGUCGAUGGUAUCAGGAAGCUUGGAGGACUUUACAACAACAUCGAAGAGAUGAUGUGCUCACCAAGUGGCCAAGUUAGUCUUUGCCGGCCACAACAGAGGAAAACAGUGGAGCAAGAGCUUGAGAAGUCCCUCAUCUUGCUUGAUCUCUGCAACGCCAUGCAAGAGAACUUUUCUGAGCUCAAGACAAGCAUUCAGGAGAUGCAGCUGAUCAUCAAGAGAGGAGAUGACUCCACUCUUCAAGCCAAGAUCCAGUCUUACAUCCGCUUGGUUAAGAACAUGCAGAGACAGUUCAAGAAAAUCAGCAAGAAGCCUACUACAGUUGACCAGGACAGCUGCAGGGUGGUCAAGCAGUUGGCUGAAGCCAGAGAGAUUGGAAUCUCCAUGCUUGAAUCCUUGCCAUAUCUCCUGUCGAAGCAAAUUGUGACACCAAGCUCUAGCAAAUGGUCCCUUUUAUCCAAGACUUUCCACAAAAGAAGAGUAACAUGCGAGGAGGAGCACUUGCAGGAGAUGGAGUUGGUUAUUGUUGAUCUCGAGAGCGGAGUCGAGACUUUGUUCAGGAAAUUGAUCCAGAGCAGAGUUUCUCUCCUCAACACUCUCAGUUUAUAGAUAGAUCGUGCACCAACCACAAACCCCUGCGAUUGGCAUCCGUAUUUUAGAGGAUCUGCUGAUCAUCAAACAAUUUUGUAGCGUACCUGUAAAUGAGCAACUGUACAGAAAAUUAGUGAAAAGAAAGUUAAAAUUUUUUGUCAA